AUGCAUCUGAUCACCAAUGUUUACUGUCCUUUAUGUGGCGUUAUUCUGCUGCCCGACCCCUACAGUGACGAUGACCCGGCGUCUUUGCAGUCCCACGUUCGACCUUGGUAUGCAGAAGUACGAGGUCUCUACUUAACCAAUGCUACUGCUGGCUAUAUCACCACAACUGGACUGGGGAUAGUACGCUGCCGGAACAUUCUCUAUGCGCCACUUGAUAGCGACCAAUCUUACGUCGACGUUGAGGUUGAGUUUCUGGAGGAAUGGAGGCUUUUCGGAUCAUCUGGAAGCCGUUGGUGCUUCGGAUUCCACAACUCAUGUUGGAAGUUGCUUCUCCUCAGGCUUGCUCAUGGACCGGAUCGUGCCUUCCAGAGUGAAGAGGCUAUUUCAGAAUCAAUAUUUUAUCAAUUGUAUUGCACUCCUUGUGUCCACGCAUCCAUCUUUCAAUUUGGCCACGAAUAUGAGGGCGCCGCGCAAACACACAAAUCGUUCGGGCUGCCAAAGGCAGUGGAUCUGGGCUCACACUUCUAUGCUGAUCCCUGUGCAAUUCCCUUCUUAAAGGAAUUGGAAACAGCUGCGUCCGAAUUCCGCAAAAUGCGUGGUAGUUCGCUGGGGAAAGAGAGAGAUGGUGCUCACCCAGCGGCUGCAACCACAUCAGGCAUUGAUUGCCGUAGCGAAGAGGGCACCAUUGCAUUGGGUUCCUUUGGGCCUAAUGGCAACUGCGAUUUAGUCUCAUCCCCUGAUGCUAUGACAAAACAAAUUCACGAAAUUCCGAAAAGACCUAAAUGCUACAUUUUUGAUGGACUGUCACUUGAGCUGAAUUUCGAAAUAUUCUCAUAUUUAUCCUUUGUCGAACUCCUCAAUGUGCGGCUUGUAUGUCGUGAUUUAGCUUUACUUGCAGCCGUGGAUAUGCUCCCACGGUCAUACUGGCGAAGUAGGUUUCUCCUGGGCCAGGAAGCUGAUUUUCUUUUCCCGGAUGCUACCGACACGCAGGACUGGUCUCUGCUUUUCUUCGGGACCAAAGCGUCGCUCACUACAAGGACACCGUCAAUGGUCAAUCGCAAAAGAAUUCGGCACCUGCUGGAACCCAUUGCUGCCCUUGUGGGCCUAGAGGCUGUUUUGAGAAAUGGUCCAUACGGAUUUGCCGUCGAGCCGGCAGAAAACCAAGGCAGAUACUAUCAGCCGAUUGAUUGCGAAAGCGCUGGAAACCCACCCCGGCCCAUAGAGGUAGCCAGCUUCUUUUCCGGCCAGUUAGCGUCUGUUGGCGUGGAUAGCCCCUUGGAUGAGGGAUGUCGUGUACUUUACCAUAGAAUGCAACCCUUUGUAUUCCCGCUUCAGCAGCAUCGACAGCGAAUAGGUAUUUCGACCAUCCAAUUCGGCACGCAAAUAUUUAUAUCUGGAAUAAACCUAUUUCCAUCUGGGGAGCGCAGUACCGACGGCCACCGAGUCGGAUAUCAAAAUCCAGCUUUCGAGAAGUGGAUAGAGAUACCGAACACAUUCCACGUGAAAGCUCUCGGCGUGGCGUUUUGCUCUCAAGGGCUGACAGGAAUCAAGUUUAUAUACACAGAGUCAAAUUCAUCGGGCUGGGUUGGUGAUUCCAACGGUCCAGGAAUAUCCAAUGGCGCCCUUAGCAUCCCAGAAGGGUCAAAUUUACAUUACUUGCUUGCAUGUCUAGAUCGAUACAAGAUCAUUUCACUCGGCGUCGGUAAAGUGACCAACAACCUUGAAACUCCUAAGUCCCCCCCCUCGGCGUGUUAUGGAUUCAUCCCGGGCAGAGUCUCAUUUAUGGACGCCAUAUCCCCCAGGGCACGAGGAGUUGAGAAUUAG